AUGGGGCAGAUCCUCAGAAGCUACAGAUCCCGCGAGCAUCCAGGCACUGCAAAGAAAGCUGAGGCCCAUCUGGGAGGAUCUGGCCUGAAUUUGCUGAUAAAUAAUGCUCGUGUUAUGCCAGAGAGCACCCUGGAGUCAGCAACUGCUGCAGAUAUGUUGGCCAUGUAUAAAAUCAACGUUGUGGGACCAAUGUUCACAGGACAGGCGUUCCUGCCCUUGUUGAAGAAGGCUGAGCAGAAGAGCACCCAGACAGGGCUCAGCUGCAGCAAGGCGGCCAUUAUCAACGUGUCCACUAUAGGAGGCUCCAUCGGGAACACCCCCAGGCUGGCCACCUUUCCAGUCAUCUCCUACCGCUGCACCAAGGCGGCUCUGAACAUGCUCACAAGGUGCCAGUCGGUGACACACAAGGAAGAUUGGAUCCUGUGCAUUGCGCUGCACCCGGGUUGGGUGAAAACAGAGCUGGGAACUGCCAAGGCAGAGCUGACGGUGGAGGACAGCGUGCAGGGGAUUCUGAAGGUGCUCUCCACCCUCUCUGAGAAACAUCAUGGGAUCAUAGUGGACUGGACAGAAAGAACUGUGCCAUGGUGAGAGCCUAGC